AUGAGUGAGGGUUUACCAAAGGUGAAUUUUGAGGAUCGUAGAGAUAGUAAAGAUAGGCUAGUAGAAGCCGAGAUUGAUCGAAUUGGAAAGUUGGAUAAAAAAGUCAAAAAGUUAACUAACACUGGCGGGAAUGAAAACGAUAAACAACAACAAUCCCUAAAUAAAAAUUAUCCUUCUGGUGAUAAAUGCAAGAAUACAAAAGACAAAAAGAACUAUGGUAAAAAAAGCAGAGGUGAAAUUAUUAAACUAGAUAUUAGCCACCGAAAUUUAAAGGGCAGUUUAUCUUUUGAAGGCUUAGGUUUUACUAAUUUAGAAACUUUGGAUUGUUCUUUUAACAAUUUAGUGGAUAUUGACAUUAGUGAUUUGCCUAAAUUGACUAAACUUAAUUGCUCUCAUAAUCAACUUUUUGACACUGAAUUUCUUACUGACUUGCCAAAGGAAAGAAAAGAAAAAUUGGUUUUUUUAGAUAUUUCUAAUAACAAACUCAAACAAGAUUUAACUUUUUUAGAGUCUUUUGUCAAUUUGCGAAAUUUAUAUAUUGAAAAUCGUGGUAAAAGUUGGUUAGGGAAGCCUUUGCUUUUGCUAGAAAAAACCGACUUGAAAAAUAAAGGUAAUAGUUUUUCUGGAUCGUUAAAACCCUUAGAGAACCUAAAAAAUUUAAAAGUAUUAAACAUUUCGCAUGCGGAUGUUGAUAAUGGUCUAGAAUAUUUACCAGAAAAAGAUCGGACUCAAAAAGAAUUGGAGGAAUUAAAAAAACUAAAUAACAAUUUGAUGUUGAGGAAUAUUAUUGAGUUAAGCAAAACUCAUCUAGAAGCAGACCAACAAGUUGAUAUUUUGAAAGAUUUCAUCAAAAAACAUUCCGGUAAAGAUGCUCUACAAGAAGCAUUACAAGAAAUAAAUACGCAUUACAAGAAAUAA